CUUUGUACAUGUACACAAUACCGGCGCGGCGAUAUUGAUGAUGACGCAUAUACAUGCAUGCACGAGAAAGUCACUGCAUACCUUUAUUUGAGCCGAGGCAGCAGACAGAGUCCGAAGAUUAUCGAGCCUCGUUUUUCUCUUAAAAUUCACCAUUUUUCUUAGGAUUUUGAUCAACGUGUUGAUUAUUCCCUUGCCGAGUACCACAUUGAUAGGCAUCCAACACCAAGAAGAUAAAAUAGUGAUUGCGACACCCGUAUGCUAGCCCCAUCUUCAAGAAAGAGGUUCACUCACGUGGCUCGACUUUGCGUAUUGGGAGUGGUAGCACAUGGUCCGCGGUACCGGCAUAUUUUGUUUACAUUUUGAAUGAAUGAACUAGACGAUUUAGCACUUGUGGAACUUUUGAAAAACAUCAGUGUCGGUCUAAUUUGUACUUGUUACUAGCCCUGCUGACUGUCAAGAUCAUAUAUAAAUCAGACUGAUCCAAGUUCCAACAUCAUUAGACAGUGAAUUCGGUUUGCUUGAGUAUUUUGCUGGAGAAAGAGAUAAGGAAAAAAGAUGGCUGACGAGAAAGGACAAGGAGAUGCGCAGGCGGUAGCGAACCCUGUUGCCAAUGGCAAACCCGCCGACGAUGGCGACGAUGACCGCGUCGCUUUGAAGCCCAAGAUCUCGCUGUUAAAUGGAGUAACGAUCAUCGUCGGAAUCAUCAUCGGUUCCGGUAUUUUCAUCUCCCCUCAGAUUGUGUUGAAGUUGAGCGGAUCACCUGGAAUGUCGCUGAUUGUUUGGACCUUGUGCGGUGUGUUCUCGAUGGUCGGUGCCCUGUGUUACGGCGAGCUGGGCACCAUGAUUACCAUGUCCGGCGGUGACUACGCCUACAUCCUCACCGCCUUCGGCCCCCUGCCCGCCUUCCUACUGCUUUGGGUUACCCUCGUCAUCAUCAGGCCAACAGCUCAGGCAGUGGUUGCUAUGACAUUUGGUCAGUAUAUUCUGCAGCCGUUCUUCUCACUGGAUUGCCCUCCGCCUGAUAUUCCCAUCAAAAUUCUGGCAGCUAUUUGCAUAACUUUCCUGACAUUCGUCAACUCAUACAGCGUCAAGUGGGCAACGCGCGUUCAGGAUUUCUUCACCGCAGCAAAGGUCUUGGCCCUUAUCGUCAUCAUCAUCACAGGAAUCGUUCAACUUUGCAGAGGUAAAACUGAGAAUCUCCAGAAUGCGUUUGAAGGGUCAUCAAGCAAUGUUGGAGACAUUGCACUUGCUAUGUAUGCUGGUCUUUUUGCCUAUGGUGGUUGGAAUUAUUUGAACUAUGUGACUGAAGAACUCAAGGACCCCUUCAGGAAUCUUCCAAGGGCCAUCGUCAUCUCUGUUCCAUUGGUCAUCUUCAUCUAUGUUUCUGCUAAUAUCUCCUACUUCGUUGCUAUGUCACCGGCUGAACUUCUUGCAACAGAUGCAGUUGCAGUGACCUUUGGUGACAAGCUCCUCGGAGUGAUGGCUUGGAUCAUGCCUGUGUCUGUCGCCCUCUCAACCUUUGGUGGGGUCAACGGACUUCUUCUGACAGGGUCUAGAAUCUACUUUGUUGGAGCUCGUAUCGGCCACCUGCCGGAGUCCAUUGCCAUGAUUAGCAUCAACAGGAAGACUCCCUUACCGUCUCUUGUCUUUACUUGUAUCUUGUCCCUGCUCUACCUGUUUGCCCAAAACAUCGGUCAGCUGAUCAACUACUUCAGCUUCGUCACGUGGUUGGCCACCGGGACGUCCAUCGCCGGUCAGAUAUACCUCAGAUACAAAGCACCGGACAUGGCCAGGCCGGUCAAGGUGAACAUUAUUUUGCCUAUCAUCUUCUUAGCUGCAUGCAUCUUUCUUACCAUCAUGGGAGUGUACGCUGCACCCGUCGAUACCCUCAUCGGAGCAGCCAUCUUGCUUUCUGGGGUACCUGUCUAUUUCUUUGGUGUCUGGUGGACGAAUAAACCAACUUGGAUCCUUAGUGCUGUCCAAAGCUUCACAAUCUGGAUGCAGAAGCUUCUACACUGUGUUGCAGAGGAAAAGGAAGAAUAAGCGCAAUCAUCCGUCGAAUCAUGAAAAUGAAACCCCUUUCUGGGCUAAAUUUGUAUCUUUGAAGUGGAUCGAUACCAGGAAGAUGUUCACUCUACUGGAAAUUGCCUUCUCUUCCGGUACAAAUACUUGCCUUUAAAAAAGAGAAAAAAAAUUGAGAGAGAGAGAAAAAAAAAGAAUGCUAGAUUCCUAGCCACAAAAACAAAGAAACCAUAAUUCAGGAUCAGAAUUAACAGGUCCGGGCCGUGUUUCACAUAACAUCAGGGGAUGUAACAUGAAAUGAUGUGAUCGAUAUUUACAAUUGAUUGUAACUCUCUGUACAUGAAUUGCCAUAAACAUACAGUUGUGCUCAAGUGUACAAUUGAUUAUGUUUUGUGAUACAGGGCCCAUUCAUAUAUUUAUAUUUACAGGGAUGAGAACGCCAUCUAUUUCUGUGAAGGAAUUUUUUUGAGGUAGUAAAAUAUCUUUGAAGUGCUUAUAUGUGAUAAGCAUUAUAUGAAAAGUAGGAUACUAUCAUUAUUAUUAUCAUUAUAAAGAGUGUUCAUGUAAUUUUUUGGUGGCAGUUGUGAAUCCCAGAGAAUUCAAACUUUAUAAUGGCAUACUUUAAAGUUUAUUCCCAUGUAUUCAUGUCCUUAUAAUAGUGUGCAUGUUCUGAAGGAAGCGAUCAUAAACAUGAUUGAGAAUUUUAUUGCAUUCAUUAAUGACAAUCAUGAUUGUGGCAGAAACGUGUUUGAAGAUGGAUCUUUCACAACUCGUGAUGUUUCCUUCCUAAAGUCAUGACUGAUAAAUGCAACUUUGUUUCUCGUGAAUAUUUUAAACAGAUAUUCUGGGGUGUACAAUCGUUGCACCCCCUUCCAAUAUACUUGCCCAGAACAUAAUGUAUAUUUAUUGCCCCUUCCCCCUCCUGUUCUACACAAAUAUAAUGAAAAUAAAAAUUGAUUAGUUAGUUUUGUUCAAUUUCCAAUAAUAUGAAAAUUUGUACUAAAUAUGUAUUAUCCAUUAUUUUAUACACACUUGCACUAUGAUCUUUACAUCCAUAGACCUUUGCUAUUGGAUCUUCAUGAUGGCUUGAUUGAAAUUAUGUUCAGAAAGUGUCAAGUUUCUAGAAAUUGAUAAUGAAGAAAGCUGGGCUUAUAUAGCAAUUUUUCCAGAGUGUACACAGCUCAAUUAUUAUUAAUACUAAAUCUUUAGCUUCAGCGGCUGGUUCUGCAGCAGAGCUAAGUGCUGUUACCCAACAACCAAUAUCUGUCGUCUCAUUUCAUCCAUCACACAAAUGAAAUGAAUUCUUCUAGAUUGGUUUUAAGUUCUUGAAUUCAGCACUAUUUUAAUAUUUACCUCUUCAUUCCAUGCAGAUAUUUCUAUUUCAAUUUUUUUGAAUGGAAUUCAAAUCUUGAAUUCGUUUGUUCAGAUGUUGGAAUGGUCAAAGCAAGUGCACAAAGCAAACUGCUGACUUAAAAAAAAAACAAGAGGAACAUCUAUGAAUUACCUUAAUUGAGCCCCUCAAGUUUUGAGCAUAGCGAAGGUGUAAAUGUCUUUACCAGAAAUUUAUAUUCUUUGACCGUCAGUUGUUGGAAGGUAAAAUGAGAAUGAUUAACGCUUAAAUCAUAAUAAAAUUAGACUUUCCAUCAAUGUAAUAUUAAGCAUUUUAUAAAACAUCACAAGCAUUUAUGACAUUUGCUUAAGAAUACUCUGUUGAAAGAUCUAUUUUUUUGUUUUGACUUUUUGGGUUGAAGCAUUGUUUGGCUGACACUUCAUUCGUUAAUAAAACAAUCCACCCUGUAGUAUUGUUAACCUUGAGACAUGUGCAAUAUAUGAUUGUUCCUGUGGACAUGUCAUCCAACGUGGUCUUGAUAGAAGGGCGCCCUCUAUUUUCAUUCUAAAUGGUAGUUAUUGAGACUUAUUUAUAGGGAAGGUUUCACAAAGGGUUCAGUGUGACUUAGAGUCAUGUUUACACGUCAAUGCGCACUUCGAAUCUGAUUGAUGGAUGCACGUGCUCAUGGUCUAACCAAUGCGGUGAUGCAUAAUAUACCACAUUCAACUGAAACUUAAGUGCAACUUUUAAGUUGCACCUUAAUCUUUGUGAAACACUCCUAGGCUUAGAAAACCCAGGAAUAGCUCAUCAGAAUGUAUCUGAUGCUUUAGAGGAAAUAGGAUGAAUUUUAAGAAGUGACAUGAAAAGUUUUUUUUUUUAAAUAGAAGAUCUGCCUGUUACUCUUGAAGUUAAGUGCUUACUUUGCUUGUUGUACGCAAGCAAAUGGGAGGCUGAAUGUGAAAUGUUUGUACCGUUCAUAAUGUACUGUUGCAUAAAAUUUAGGAGGGGAUGUCACAAUACGAUUUCAGUUCAUUGCAUUUUAUAGUAAUGCAGUUGUAAUACGUGUGGGGAGUGCUAGCUAACUGUACAUUGCUGCUGCAGAUAUAAUGCGCGCGUUAGGGAUUUUGCUUUCAAUAAUUCUUUCCUCAUUUUCAUAGAUUAAUGUAAGAAAUAAUCAAUUGCUUGUAUUUUUGCUUACUUCCGAGGGAUUAUACAACACAAAUAGUGAAUAUUCUUAUUUGUGCAAUAGUAUGGCAUUUUGCAUUUGGUGAAAGAAAGAGACACUAUUCGGCUCAGCUAUGCCUUACUGAAUAGAGCAUCUUCCUUUUACUUCAAGCAAAAUAUUGUACGGUCACACAUGUUAUUAUGUAAAGCCUUUUGUUUUGUCUAAAAUUUCACUAUGUUCUCAUGCCGUUUUGGUCAAGUUUAUUAGAAUCGUGUCUGUAUCUUUUGCUUUAAUUUUAGUAAAUUUAGUUCUCUCUAUAGCUGACAUAACACCUUGUAUAGAAGAUUAACCUAGUUAAAGCACUAUGGGGAAAUUAUUAUUCCUUAGAAAGUCUUAUUUUUCUUAUCGUUGUUCUGAAAUGGAAUUUUAGUAGAUUCUGUGUACAAUACUUUGGUGCUUGGGUAUUUAUUCACAACUAUCUCCCCUUUAUUUAUUCUUUUUUUUCAUUUAUGCUUUGUUGUUACAUUGAGUUUUUGAGCAGUUGCUUUAAUGCUUUCAUUUUUGUUGAGCUCUUCUGCGAUUUAGAUGAAGACAUUCUUAACCUCUUAUUUCAUUCUUAAUGUAAUUUUACGAGAUUUGGUAUGUUAAAUUUGCUUCACUCAAACUUCAUGCCAGAGAGGUGGAUACACUUUUCUAUUCUGAUGUCUUUUUUUUGUAUUUGUGACUGUGAGCUAAGAUUGAUAUCAUUUGUCACAAACUCUCCCUCUUCUGACUUUUAUUGAAUAACUCACUUUCACUUUACAGUAAUAACCUGUUAUUUUGUUGAUAUGUUGUUGAAUAAAAAUUAGAUGUAUACGGUCUUGUGUCUAGUUUAGCUCUGACUUGGGGGAAAAACUGCACAAGUGAAAAAGGCUUUUUAGUGUGCUUUACAAAAUGAACAUUGCAUUACCUUUCAUCAAGUCUUAACUCAUAAAAAAAACACAAGUUUGAUAAAGGAAGUCAUUAGAAUAAUCACUUUAAUUAUUUCUUGUUCAUUGACCAGUAAGUUGAGUUUUAUUCAUGUCUCUUCUGUUCUGUGUAUGCCAUUAAUAACAGCUAUUUAUAUAACAGAUUUCAGAGCAUACAUAAGAUAAGGCCUUCGUUUGGUGAAAUCAUUGGUGUAUGUUUCUUUUUCACUUGCCAUUCAUCUAUUUAUGAACCACAUGAAAUAGCUUGUUUAAUGCUACUGCAUUGUUGUUGUGUUUAUUCUUUCUGUUUACCAAGUUACUUGGAAUGAGUUACAGUUAAAUCAAAGAUUUCAUUCUAUUUUUCUUAGGGUAGGAAGGAAGAAUGAUAAUAGAUUAAGAAUGCACAAAAUUUUAUUUGAUGGAAAAAAAAUUCUUGCUGUAUAUUGAUAAAAAGAGAAAUUUGUGUACAUUUAGAGAAGAAUAAAUUUUAGAUUGUUAGAUUUUCUUUUUUAGAUGUAUUUAUGUUACUAUUUACAUGCACAUCUGAAAUAACAAGUCUAUUUAUGUGUUAGGUUGUCACUUAGUUAAAUAGAAAAGAUAUUAGAUAAGUUAAUCUUAAGCUUUGUAAAUUUGUACAGCGGGCUGUCGUGGGAUAAUACCGCCUUGUAGAAUAGGCUAGUAGGUGUACCGGUAGUUAGAAUCUUACUAAUAAUUGCUGUAAAUGAAAAACCUGUCUUAUGAAACGCAUUGUAAAUUUGCUGUGAAAAUUGUUUGAUUUGAUUUUACGAUGCUGGCGAAGAAAAAAAACAGAAAGCCUUUGUGGCAGUGAUCAUGAAAUUCUGUCUGCCUGUUUAAGUAAAACUGUGUACAUUUGAAUUCUCCUAUUAUGAGUUGUGAUUCGAAUUGGGGAAUUUAAAGAGUAAAUCAUAUAGAGGCAUGAGAAACAAAUCUUUUUUCCCCAAUAAAAAAAGGCCUGAUUUGGGGUUAAGCUCGUGGAGACAUGUAUUAACUCUGUGUUUUGUAGUUAGCUUGUAGAGAUAUGAUUUCUGGAGAUGUUUGUUUGUCAAAUAAUUUGCCAGGUUAUGAGAAGAGGAAUAAAAACUUUCUGCAUACAGGGUCUUAACUAAU